UGCUGACCAACUUGGAAAUGCAGAUUUCAUUUUCCAACAGGACUUGGCACCUUCACACAGUGCCAAAGCUACCAGUACCUGGUUUAAGGACCAUGGUAUCCCUGUUCUUAAUUGGCCAACAAACUCGCCUGACCUUAACCUCAUAGAAAAUCUAUGGGGUAUUGUGAAGUGGAAGAUGCGAUAUGCCAGACCCAACAAUGCAGAAGAGCUUAAGGCCACUAUCAAAGCAACCUGGGCUCUCAUAACACCUGAGCAGUGCCACAGACUGAUCGACUCCAUGCCACACCGCAUCACUGCAGUAAUUCAGGGAAAAGAAGCCCCGACUAAUUACUGACUGCUGUACAUGCUCAUAUUUUUCAUGUUCAUACCUGUCAGUUGGCCGAGAUUUCUAAAAAUAUGCCAAAUUCUAAAAGUAAUAUGCAAAUUUUCUGUUACAAAUGUUUUAUCUGAUAUAAAUGUGUCUUUGCACUUAAUACAAUUAUGUAUUCACAGAUAAGCGUGACUCCGCCCCCUCACCAUUUCUAUGGCAGACCUCACAGUUAAAAACCAGCUAUCUGUGCCCAUAACCACUCACACACUAUACAGGACUGAAGAACACACUGCGCUUGAAUUGAUUCAAACACAUAAAUAGGCAGAAUGAGCAGCACUGCAAAGUUUCUUGCUAAAAGACAGAAUAGAGAAGGAGGUGUUGGGACAAACAAGAAGGCGAUACCAUUCAAGAAGCAGGACUAUCAGAGUCUGAAACGUCAAUGUUUGGAGAGAAAAACAUUGUUUUAUGAUCUGAACUUCCCUGCGGUUUCUGAAUCUCUGGGCUACAAUGACCUGGGACCGAAUUCCACCAAGGUCCAAGGAGUGGAGUGGAAAAGACCAAAGGAGCUGUGUGCAAACCCUCAGUUUAUUGUGGAUGGUGCCAAGCGGACUGACAUCUGCCAAGGGGAAUUAGGUGACUGUUGGCUUCUGGCAGCCAUUGCCUCUUUGACUCUAAACCACAAUGUUUUGUGGCGUGUAGUCCCGCCUGAUCAGAGCUUUUCAGAUGGUUACGCCGGCAUCUUUCACUUUCAGUUUUGGCAGUAUGGUGAAUGGGUGGAUGUUGUCAUUGAUGAUCGUCUGCCUAGCAGAAAUGGAAAGCUGCUGUUUGUUUGUUCAGCAGAGCGUUCAGAGUUCUGGAGCGCCCUGCUGGAAAAGGCCUAUGCAAAGCUCCAUGGCUCGUAUGAAGCUCUGAUUUUCGGCAAAGUCACUGAGGGUUUUAAGGACUUUACGGGAGGUAUUGCUGAGGACUAUGAGCUGAGUAAAGCCCCUCCAGAUCUGUUUAAGAUCAUUAAGAAAGCACUUAGGUUGGGCUCCCUGCUUGGGUGCUCCAUUGAUGCUACCAGUGCCCACGAAAAAGUGACCAAAGUAAAGCUGGUAGAAGGACAUGCGUACUCUGUCACUGGUGCAGAGGAGGUUCACUACCACAGGCGUCCUGUGCAGCUGGUGCGUCUUAGGAACCCGUGGGGUGAUACGGAGUGGACGGGCGCAUGGAGUGAUAACUCCAGUGAGUGGAAUUAUGUCCUACUGGAGGAGAAAGCUCGACUGAAUUAUUCAGCUGAUGAUGGAGAAUUCUGGAUGGCAUAUUCAGACUUUGUGCUGCAUUUCUCAAGGCUGGAGAUUUGUAAUCUGACUCCAGACACUUUGACCAGUGAAGAGGUGAGUCGCUGGAACUACUGCCAGUUUGACGGGACCUGGAAAGUGGGAUCCACCGCAGGAGGAUGCGGUUCCAAUAAAGCUACAUUCUCUUCAAACCCUCAGUUUGUGAUCAAGCUUAAAGAUGUUGAUGAUGACCCUUAUGAUGGAGAAGAUGGUUGCACUUUGCUGGUGGGACUGAUGCAGAAAUAUAAGCGUAAAGAUAAACGCAUUGGCCGAUCCCUGAAUGCCAUUGGCUUUGUUAUCUAUGAGGUUCCAGAUGAGUACAAGGGUCGCAAUAAUGUUCAUCUCGGCUCAGAUGUGCUGCUGUAUAAACGACCAGUUGUGGGGAUCAAUGUUUUCACCAAGCAGCGAGAGAUAAGCAAGCGCUUUAAGUUGCCUCCUGGAGAAUAUGUCAUCAUCCCCUCCACUUAUGAGCCCAAUCGUGAGGGAAGUUUUAUACUGCGUGUGUUUACAGAGAAAAAGGCGGCUGCCAGCCCAAUGGAUGUUAAUAUCACUGCAAAUAUUCAAAAGGAUCGCAUCUCUGACAUUAAUGUGGACACAAGUUAUAAACAGCUUUUUAUGCAGUUUGCUGGAAAUGACUCAGAGCUGUCUGUGGUGGAGCUACAGCAGAUGCUGAAGAACUUUGUCGCUAAAAGAACUGAUAUCAAGUCUGAUGGUUUCAGUAGGGAAACAUGUCAUCACAUUAUCAGACUGCUAGACAAAGAUGGCAAUGGCAAACUUGGUCUGGUGGAGUUUCACACCCUGUGGAUAAAGAUCCAGAGAUAUUUGGAAAUUUUUAAGAAAAGUGACGCAGACAAAUCAGGCACCAUGAGUUCAUAUGAGAUGAGAGAUGCACUAAAAUAUGCAGGUUUUCAAGUGAACGGUGAAGUACUUCAGGUGAUAAUCUCACGUUAUGCCAAUAAGCAGCAAGCCAUUUACUUUGAUAACUUUGUUGGCUGCCUGAUCAACUUGGAGAUUCUCUUUAAAACGUUUCAAUUGUUCAAAAACAACACCGGGAAAAUGGAGCUGGAUAUCCUGCAGUGGCUUUGCUUGGCCCUCUAAAAAUCCACAAAUUUCCUGCAAAAACAAAAGACUCAGAAUUCCUGGGAGAAGGAUGUUUUGGCUGAUGGAGUAAAAUCAGUCCGAGUGUGUGUUAUCUUAACCUUGAAUUGUUUACGAUAUGCAAUUUGUUAAUCUAAAAAUCUGAGUUUUGAGUAUUCAUUUAGCAUUUUUUAUUACAACAUUUCUUUAAUUAAAAAUGUAAUUUUCUAACCAAUAAUUAUAUUUACUAACAUUGGUAACAUUUUGCAACAAGGUUGUAUGAACUAACAAUGAAUUAUACGUCUACAGCACUUAUUAAUCUUAGUUCAUGUUAAUUUCAGCAUUCACUAAUACAUUUUUAACAUUAA